AAUGUUGUAGUAUUUUAGUGUUUUAGUAUUUUAGUGUUUUAGAGUUUUAGUGUUUUAGUAUUUUAAUGUUGUAGUAUUUUAGUGUUUUAGUAUUUCUGAAGUUGAUUUUUGAGUAGGGCACCAAACUGGCUCCAGCCCAGGUUCCUUCUCAAUCCGGCCCUGUUGCCGCGGCGAUGGUGUUAUAAGUUGAAAACCGGAACGUCUCUGUGGGAAUGCCAGGAAUCUGAUCACUCAGGAAUCUGAUCUUUCCAAAAAGCUUCAGUUUCAUCCCAAUAUUCCGGCUGAUUGAUCGGAAUGAUCCUGGUUUUCUGAAGCUUCCUCCAGUGAGCGUCCCUCUGCUGGACACUAGGGGGCGCUGUCUGCAGGGCGCCUCAGGCAGACAUCAGACUCAUCCAGUGGUUAAGAGUUGAUCCAGAACUUUCUGCUCCGGGGUCGGAAUCAGAACCGGGUCAGACUUCAGGCUGGGCUCUGAUUGGCUCUUCUGGCUCGGCUCAUCGGUUUCCAGGAAACAUCCAGGAGUUUCCAACAUCUGGACAUCUCAGGAACAUUUAGUGAUACCAGAACCAGAACCACAGCUGGUUCUGGUUCCAGCCAGAAACAUCCAAUUAGCUACCUCAGGAAGGAUCUCAGGAUGGACCGAACCGGAUCAGACCACUAACAGCAGCGCUGCGGGUUCUGGUUCUCCGUAUGCAGGAAACGCUCCAGCUCUGGUUGCUAUGGAGACGGGGUGACGACACCAACGACCAGCUGAUGAGUAAAACCUCUGGUUGUUUUGAUGAAGCGCCGCGCGGCCUGCUGAAUGAUGCAUCGCCAUGGCGACCAUGCGUCUCCAUGGAGACAACCUUUGCUCUGCUCUGCUUUCUCUGCAUGACCUCGGUGAAUCUGGUUUGUGUUUUCUACAGUAAAUCUUGAAUUAAAUUAAAAUGUUUUACAGUUUUUUCAGCGUUCCUCCUGCUGCUGUUUCUCCUGGUAUGGAACUAAAUACGAUCCAUAAAGUUUACGAAAAUUUAAUUAAGGAAACGUUGAAACUGAAAAAAGUUCAAAACCGCUUUACAGAUUGAAGUUUUGUUUCUUCAGUGUCAGAUUCUAAGUUUAAUGUUUCAGUCCUCUGGGUUCUCAAGUUGGACAAAAUAUUCCCACUCAGGAACUAGAAACUAGAAAUGUCUUAGAAUGGAUCCACGGUUCGUUGAACAUGUUGCUGUCAUUAAAUAAGCUGUAAUUUUCCUGAUAAUCUGACAGGCAAAUCUCAUAAGUACUUCAAAAAAUUGAAGUAAAACCAAAUUGUGUUACGUUUGUUCAUCAAUCAUGUUAAAUUUCUGUGCUGCUCUUGUUUUGUGGAUGUUAUUUUGUUUCCCUGUAAUAAACGUGAAAACAGUCCCAGAGCUCACUGAUGGUGAGGCUGGUUCCCAGUAUCCCGGCCCGGUUCUCCACAAACCGGGCCGAGCAGAGAACCGGAGGGCUGCAGGAAGCGUUGCCGUCUUUAUGAGCAGCUCUGACUUGGAUCAUUUCUGCCCAGUUUGUGUUUUUUCCCUGUGGGGUUGGAAGGACUGGUUUGUUUUAUUGAUCUGCUUUAGUAUGAAGGAUGCUUUAUAAAUAAAACUGAUUGAUUGAUUGAUUGAUUGAUUGCUGAUGGUCACUGCAACAUGUCAGCUAGUCCGCCAUAUUGGAAGUGGCAAGUCGUCCCUUUUUUCACUUUAAUUUUUUUUUUUUAACAAACUCUGAACAACCUUUAUGGCUCCAAUGUAGCUCCAUACUCCCGUCGGCUGAUUGUUUUCAGCGGAGCUUCCGUAUCCCUUUAAGACUCCUCCUCUGGGUGGAGUUAGUGACUUCUUUUGAACUUCGGCUCUUCCUUUCGGUCUUGUAUUUAACGGGCUGUCAGUUGUAGUAAUGUAGUAUUUCAGGGACCCCAACUCCUGCAACAUGAGGUCUCCAGUGGACUGCCUCCUGACCACCGCCGGGCUGCCGCUGUUCCUGGUCGACAUCUGCCUGGACGUCCUGGCCGCUGUGGAGUUUUACAAGGAGGGAUCGUACCCGAGCCUCGGUGUGCUGCUGGUGCUGCUCAUUGGCUCCUCGGUGCUGGUGCAGCUCUACAGCUGGCUCUGGUACAGUUACGAUCAUUUUGACAUGAAGACCAGAGUGGAGGAGUCCGCGAAGCCUGGACUGGCGGUUCUGCACUGGGUCCAGCUGGGGAUCUACGUCAGACAUGCAGCCGUCAUGGAGACGUCUGUGAAGAGCUGCUGCUCUGACUGCGACAGCCAGGAGGAAGACAAGGUGGCGUUCCUGAACCAGGACCUGAGCAUGCUGCGGAUCAUCGAGACUUUCUCGGAAAGCGCGCCUCAGAUCGUCCUCAUGCUCGCCGUCCUCCUGCAGGACGGGUCGCUGGAGCCGUUCCAAGUGUUGAAGACCGUGGGCUCGCUGUCAGCCGUGGCAUACUGCGUCACCACCUACCACCGCUGCUUACGUUCCUUCCUGCCGGGGAAGGAAGAGCAGUCUGUUCUGUCCUCGCUCGUCUUCUUCACCUGGAACCUGCUGCUCCUGGCCGCCCGCAUCGUGGCGCUCGCCCUCUUCGCCUCCGUGUUUCCCUGCUUCAUCUUCACACACUUCGUCUGCUCCUGGCUGCUCUUCUGCUACUUCGCCUGGUGGGCCGACACAGACUUCAUGGACAGCGUGGGCGGGGAGUGGCUGUACCGGGCCACCGUGGGUCUCAUCUGGUACUUCGACUGGUUCAACGUGGUGGACGGGAAGACUAGGAACCGGGCCAUCUUGUACCAUGCCUGGAUCCUGCUGGACAUCUUUGUCCUCUGUGGACUGUGGUUCUGGAAGAUGAGCUGGGAUCCUCCUGGCUUUGAGCUGUCCCGUCUGCAGGCGGCCAUCGUUUGGGGCGCCGUGGUCGCCGGCUACGCCUCGGGUUUGGUUCUGAGGAUCGUUUACUACACCUGCUUCCAUCCAAAGUUGAACAAAGUCGAGCUGAUGGGAGGCAACGCGAAGACGCAGAGCGAUGAAGUGGACUCUCCUCCUGAUGAUGAUGGCGGCGUGUUUCGUUCGGCUUCCAGAACCCCCACCGGGCCGAGCCGCCCGCCGCUCCGCAACAAGAGGAUGAAGAAACUGGCGGAGAACUUUUACUCUUCAUCCGCUGAUGGUGCUGAGGUCUGAAACCUGCAGCAUCAAGUUGAACUGGACUUUGACUAGGCCGUUUCUCCUCCAGGAUCAGCCUCAGAGACCGUCCUGAACCCGUCCUGCUCCUCAGAACCAGAACCUGACCUGCUCCUUUAAAUCCCAGGAGAAGAAAGUCCACCAGGUCCAGGUUCUGGUUCUGCUCAGGGUUCUGGUUCUGGUGCUAAGUUAGGUUCUCUCACGGUCGUUCCUGCAGCGUUCCAGGCUCACUGCGUUCAGCCGGACCGGUUCUGACUCGUCUCUCGGUGUCGGGAGGCGGGUCGGAACCACGACCCAGCCGGGCUUAGAAAUCUAAAAAAUGGAAUAAUUUAUUAGUCUUGUUUUCUGUUGUGGAUACAUUUAUAAAGAUAAAAUGUUUUAUGUCAUUUUGCUGUCAGUUUUAUUCUAGUUUGCAGAUGAACAGAAAAAUGAUCAGUUUAUGAAACUAAACGUGUCUAAAGAUGGACGUCCGUUAGAUGAGCCUGAUCAUCUCUGAUGAUGGAGGCAGAACCAGAGAUUCACCGACGGACUUGUGAUGGUUUUUAUUUAUGGAUUAUUUCUAUUUAUGGAUUUAGUUUCUUUGUGUUCAGCAGGCAGGAGCUCCGUGUCUCUGGUUGACGUUAGCGUUAGCAGUUAGCAUCCCCAGAAACCUGCACAGGUUUCUCUGACUGCAGAACAUUCAGAUUCAGGGCAAAACCAGGUCAAAGUUCACCACAUGGUGGAAGCAGAGAAUAAACUGAUUCCCAUCAUUUCAGGCGGAUUUGAUCCCGUCAGGCCAGCAGGAACAGGAAACAUGUUCUCUGGUUUAGAACCUCCGACCCGGUUUCCAGUGAAAUGGACCGAUGAACAUAAGAACCAGAAGUUCCUCUUCCAGCAUCGCUGCUGCCAGCGUUUCAUCCAUCCUGUUAGUUGGCGUGUUUACAGGACAAACCAGCUGCAGUUUGGAUUUUUCAUGGAAAAACGUCAUAUUUGUGUCGCCUAGAAACGUGCAGACUGUAAAAUAAACUAAAAAUAAAUCAGAUAAAAUGAUGGAGCUCAGAGUCCCACCGGCAGUCUCAAACUCAGUUUCAUUUCUGUUUCUUUUUUACCUGAAAUGCUUUUUAUGUCAAAUAUUUUUAUAGAAUAAAAUCAGACUGAAAACAU